AAACAAGUUGUACCGUAUUUACAAACAUAAUUUUUAAUACUAUGGCAAUUCUCAAAGAUUUGGUUUUGUUGGGCAUCCUAUGUGCUUUUUUCGUUGUUACAUCUGCAACUACUGAUGAAGAAGCUAUGGAGAGUUUGACCUUUCUAACAUCUUUUGGAUAUUUAAAGUCUAAUAACAUGAUGGGGCCAUCAGAAAUCAAAUCGAGUAAAGCAGUAAAGAGAGCAGUCGAAAAUUUCCAAAGAUUUUAUAAUAUAACUGUUACUGGUAAGAUGGAUUCCAAAACUUUAGAGGCCAUGAAGAAGCCCCGAUGUGGCGUUCCAGAUCCUACGAUGCCAAAUGAAGACGGAACUGCUCUUGGUGGCCGACUCGCCAAGAGGUAUGCGUUUCCAGGAGACAGAUGGGAAUCCAGCACUGUUACAUACAGGUACACAUUUUCGGAUGUUAGCUGUUACUUUACAUUACAUAUAUUGUGUAGGGUCAGGUAUAGGUCAGAUUAAUUCCAGCAUUGAUUUAGGCCUA